AUGAGUGUCAAUCAGCCAUCCCUUGAUAAAACCACAAGUGCCAAACGUGCCGUUGAACAGUUUGACCAGGAAUUUCAGCGAUACACUACGAAACAAACUGGUAAAAGUGCCCGUGCCGUUGCCAUGGCUCGUGCGGAGCUGGCGAAGUAUAAUGCAUUGGUAUUCCAGGACAAGAAGCUAGAGGAAGCUGGAAUAAAGAAGGGUCGAUUGGCACCCGAGGUGCGUCAGGUUUAUGAGAAAAAGAUUAAAGAACUCGAGGAAGCUCUGGACAAAUUUCACCUCUCCGUGGCUGGCUAUAAUCGCACAAAGGCCAUUUUGUCGUUCGUGCUGCUCGUCGCGUUUGCACUUAUAAUGUUCUUUCAGCCAUGGGCCAAACAUUUUGAGGAUCCCAAGGAUCUCACGUAUGACGAGUAUGCGACGCUAGAGGAACAAGUCACCAAGACACUGGACAAGAAGGUGGAAGUUGUGGGUACUAGUGACGAGCUGUAG